GUCAGCGCGGCGGCGGGAUGGCGGCGCUGUACGCCUGCACCAAGUGUCACCAGCGCUUCCCCUUCGAGGCGCUCAGCCAGGGCCAGCAGCUCUGCAAGGAGUGCCGGAUUGCGCAUCCCAUUGUUAAAUGCACUUACUGCAGGACUGAAUUCCAGCAGGAAAGCAAAACCAACACGAUAUGCAAGAAGUGUGCUCAGAACGUGAAGCUCUAUGGCACACCAAAACCUUGCCAGUACUGCAACAUCAUCGCAGCGUUUAUUGGCAACAAGUGUCAGCGUUGCACAAACUCAGAAAAGAAGUAUGGACCUCCACACUCCUGUGAGCAGUGCAAGCAGCAGUGUGCCUUUGACCGAAAGGAUGACAGAAAGAAGGUGGAUGGAAAGCUGCUCUGCUGGUUAUGCACACUGUCCUACAAACGGGUCCUACAGAAGACCAAAGAGCAGUGCAAGCACCUGAGCAGCUCCUCCCGAGCCAGCCUGCAAGAGAAGGAGCAGUACAGCAGGCUCAGCAGCGGCAGCCACUAUAACAGCCAGAAAACCUUAUCCACCUCUUCUAUUCAGAAUGAAAUCCCAAAGAAGAAAGCCAAGUUUGAUGCCAUAUCUGCCAAUGGUGACAGCGUUCCUUCCUCUCCCGAGAUGCUUUGCCCCCCUAUCCAGAGUGCCCCGUCCACGUUGGCGCAGUGGGCUGCUUCCCAACAGAGUCUCGGUGCCCACCAUUGUCCUGUUUCUCAAGGCACUGACAUCCUGAACUUUUCUCCGGACCUCGCCCUGGACUCUCCUGGCACUGACCACUUCGUUAUCAUUGCCCAGCUGAAGGAGGAGGUGGCUACUUUAAAGAAGAUGCUGCACCAGAAAGAUCAGAUGAUUUUGGAGAAGGAGAAGAAGAUCACAGAGCUGAAGGCCGACUUGCAGUACCAGGAGUCGCAGAUGAGAGCAAAGAUGAACCAAAUGGAGAAGACGCACAAGGAGGUCAUGGAGCAGUUACAGGCCAAGAACAGAGAACUCCUGAAGCAAGCAGCUGCCCUAUCCAAGGGCAAAAAGCCUGAGAAGUCGGGAGCAAUAACCUCCCCUUAAAACCAAACCCCCAGUGUGGGAGCUUUCCCCAGCAUUAGCCAAGGAGUCUAGGAGGCCUGCCUGAUCGCUGGAAGCCAAAACCUCAGUGUUGUCACUAUCCCACUGCUGUGGACUCGAUGGAAACGCCUGGGGUGUGUUGCCUUUCGACAGCAUGCUUGAGUGUGUCUGGUCUCUGAAUUCUGUUCUGUAUCAUGGCCAUCCGUGGGGAGAGGUCCCAGGCACCCCAAAUCCCCCCUGAAGUACUGCUGACUGGAAGAACUGACCAGUUACUACCACUGCCAACUCUUUGUAUUAGCAAACAGGAACCUGCUGCAUUACAGACUGCUUGCUGGUUUCAGACCUGCUGCUGUGAGGCAAUAGCCAUGGCCAGUUGUUCUGCAGAUGAGACAGGAGCUGUGUGGUGGGAGCUUGAUUUCUCUGAACUGUUCCCUCUUGGAAAGGAAGCCGAUGCAUCACCAGCCCUACAGCUGUGACUGGAAGGUUGUGCCACUGCUGAGAACGGUUCGUCCAUCCUUUUGAGAGUGCUUCCAAGAUGGGGGCUGUGUAUUUAUCUCGGAGGGUGGGGGGGAUUUUUUGUGUUUUUUUUUAUUUUUUUGGGUUUUUUUUCCCCCUCUUUUAUUUUUCUGACGUCAGCUUGACAAACUUGACUGCUUGGUUUGGGGUUUUGUUACCGUAGCUUUUGGGUUAUGAGCCAGAGGGUGACGAUACCUCCCCAGACCCACCUCGUCUCCCAUUGCCACGGUCACUUCGUGGCCUCUGGGACUUGAUGUGAUCGAGCAUUUACUCCCAUCUGUUUACUUGAGGACGGUUCAAGGCUCGGCUGUUUCCUGCACUCCCUCAGACCCCGCACUGAGUUCGCCCUCUCCCCCCCUUCCCCUCCCCCUCUGCUCCCUCCCAGAUGCAGAAGCAGGGGCCAGGUUGGCUCCAGGAAAGUGCUUACUGAGGCAGCAUCCCCAGCCAGGAAGCAUUUCUCGGGGCUCUCCGGGGGCAUUUCUCACUGCCAACCCAAAGCCAGCAGAAUAAAAGGGCUACGAAAGCUCCCAGUGCUUCUCAGAAACGGGCCGAGCGGAGCCCACGGCUCCUCCUGCUGAGGCCUGUGGGGGUGGGCGCCCCCCAGGCGCCUGAGGGGGGGCACAGAAGCACUUGGCAAUGGGAGGAACCAGCAGUUUGCUCCAUGGCAUCCCAGCUCCACGCAGGGCAUGAAGAAGCAGCUCAGGGCUCGGAGCCCCUGGGGGCAGAGGAGGAGGGGGCGACCCCUUAGUGUGGAGCAGCACCGAGGGUAGGUAGUGAAAAGGAGAAGCAGGGCUGCUUGCUCUGCCAGGCUUUUUAUUCAGCUUUUAACUAGACUUUGUGAUAGGGGUUUUUUCUGCUUUUUGUUGUUACUGAAGAUGACUUUACUCAAAGGCACUUUUUGAUGAUGUUGGCUUCCGGCAUGGAAGGAGCACACGCUGCAGCAUCAGACACUGCCACAUCUCUUGUUUUUUUGUUCCCUUCUUCUUUUCCGAGAGGUUUCUGAUGGGAGGGAAAGGGAAUACAAAAAACAGAAGGGUUGUUGGGCUUUGCCAGAGUGCAACAGCUGGAAAAGCCUCACCUAAUUUUAUACUUCACACGUUUUUAGACAAUGAGGUGCAUGGGUGGGAUUUUUUUUAGUCGGGGGCUCUGCUUUUUUUCUGCUUCCCUCCACAGACAGACCCACGUGGGGGGGUUAUGGGGUUGGGGGGGGGGUUGGGGGGAGGCCCUGUGCAUACGAUUGAGGUUUUCUGUUGUUUUGUUUUUGUUUUUUUUAAUGGUGACAAAAGAACAACAAAGAGUUGAGUAGCGGCUGAUUUGUAGUAACAGCAUCGUUUUCUUUGUAUGUUUGUAAUAAGGGAGAUUUUCAAAAGGGAUGCUUUGAUUUGUACCAAACUCUGACAAAUGUUAAAGCGUUUUCCAAAAUGCUCA